AUGCCGCCUUCUGCUGCAGUUCCGCACUCGAACGCCUCGUUUCGCGCGUAUCUGCGCAGCGACGGCACCAUCGAGCCCCCGUUUGGAGGAUCAAGCUGGAAGGCGGUAGCGGAAGCGCUUUGGACUCAGCUCGCGGCGAUGAAGGACCACCUCGGCAUGGACGAAGAGGCGGGCACGCUCGCGCGCGUCGAGACGGCAUCCAGCUCUGAUCUCGAUGGCCAGAAUGCUGCGGCGCUGCCGCCUAUCGCUGCUGCUCGCGAUUCGGAUGCAGCCAACGCCGCCGAGUGUGGCCUCGACGACGAGACGCUCGCAUUCAUUCGUCGCAACGUCGAUGGCUUGGACUGCGUUCUCUGCGAGCUCCUCGGCGACACCUGGGAGCGCUGGUGGCGGCGCUGCGGCGCCCUCGGCAACCACGGCCGCAGCCUUGCCUUCGCCGAAUCAAUGACUCCUCCUGACUGGACGCACAUCCUGGCCGCUACGGGCAACUUCUACAGUGAGGUCGGUCGCCUGAUCGACUCGGUCGAGCGCGGCGAGGUGGAGGACUGGAAGGUCGCGAUGGUGUAG